AGCUUACGUCACACAGCCAGGUUGAUGUGGGAGGGACGUCGUUUCGGUUUGGUCACGUAAUCGUUUCUUUCCAAACUUUUUCCUGUCUAGCAAAGCGAACGCACAAACAGGAUUCCGGCAUUAACUUGUAUAGGAACUUAUGGGUGCGAGUUAGAACAAGAGUUUUCGUCCUCCUGUGGGCCGUCUCUUAACCGUGCACCUGUUCUUCGCUUCCGAAUAUACUUGUGAUCUAAUUGGGCGCUACAAGUAGACAUAUCCUCCAUUACUCUUAUUUCUAACAAUCAAGUCUUCGACCUUCCGGAGCGUUCUUCAUUUUUUACUUGUAAAUUUUAAACGAGGGAAAUGGGAUCCGUCGCGUACGACAAUGGGAACUACCGGGAGCGGCAUGAGCAGGUGACCUUCCUGACCAAUAAGGAGAAGAUGUCGCCGAAGCGGAAGACAGGGGUGGUGGCGGGCGUUCUCCUGGCGCUGCUGGUCCUGGCGGCCGUCGCCGGCGUGCUGAUCUGGGUCUUCCUGUUCAAGCCAAAGGAGAACAAGCAGGCCGAAAGCCCCACGGCCAGCCAGCAGAGGAGCGCGACCACGCUGGUGUACAGCGGGCACAUGGAGCUGUCCAACCUGAAGUACAGCCAGGCGCUGGAGGACCCCACCAGCUCCGAGUUCAAGAACCUCGCCGACGACAUAGAAGAGAUUUUGGAGGCGACAUAUAAAAACGAUCCCUUCUUCACCAAGUACUACAACAAGUCCGUCGUCUCUGCCUUCAGCGAGGGGGUGAUGGCGUACCACUGGACGCAGUUCGACGUGCCGGCGCCGGACCUGGAGGAGCUGCCCCGGUUCACGCAGGAGCGGGUCAUCCAGGUGCUGCGCUCCGGAAUUCGGCGGGAGGGCAAGCGCAGCGCCCAGGUGCUGAUCAUUAAGGACAUCACUGCCUCCGCCACGGACCCCAGGAUGGCCAGAAACCCGCGGGCGAAGGAGUGCUUCUUCAAGCUGGAGGCCAACGCCCAGGUGCAGACCAUCGAGUCGCCGGGCUACCCCAAGCGGUACCCCCCGAAAACGCGCUGCCAGUGGCAGAUCCGCGCCCCGCCCAACACCGCCAUCCACAUGAAGUUCCCCUUCUUCCACGUGGAGGACGACUGCUCCAACGACUUUGUCUACAUCCACGACUCGCUCAGCCCCGACGAGUCCCAGGCCGUCACCAAGCAGUGUGGUCAGAGGCCUCCCUCAAACCCCCUGGAGGUGGUGUCCUCCAGCAACAUCAUGCUGGUCAACCUCAUCUCCGACAGCGAGAUCCAGAGGCCGGGCUUCAAGGGGGAGUACACGGUCAUCCCCAUCAGCACAGCCAAGAGCUGUGGAGGGCUGCUCUCCGCCAAGUCUGGAAACUUCAGCUCCCCGCACUUCCCCAGCUUCUACCCGCCAGCCCUGGACUGCAACUGGACCAUCCAGGUCCCCGCGGGCCAGAAGGUGCGCGUUAAGUUCACCAUGUUCCGCAUGAAGGAGCCGGACGUGGACGUGCGCGUCUGCAACAAGGACUACGUGGAGGUCAUGGGCAAGAAGUACUGCGGGGAGCGGUCUUCACUGGCUCUCUCCAGCGACACCAACACAAUGUUGGUUAAGUUCCACUCAGACGAGUCUUACACAGACAAGGGCUUCAUGGCAGUGUACAACGCCUACGACCCCAAAAACCCUUGUCCUGAUAAGUUUGCCUGUGCCUCUGGUAUCUGCAUCAGUAUGGAGCUGAAGUGCGACGGCUGGAACGACUGUGGAGACAUGAGCGACGAGCGCCAGUGCAGCUGUGAUGCGGACCAGUUCUCCUGUGCUAACGGAAUGUGCAAGCCCAGGUACUGGGUGUGCGACCGCGUCAACGACUGCGGGGACGGCAGCGACGAGGCGCAGUGCAGCUGUGAGGGGAACGAGUGGAAGUGUGAGGAUGGCUCAUGCAUUUCUCAGGACCUGGUGUGCAACGGCAAGAAUGACUGCAGCGACGGCAGCGAUGAGUCAUCCUGCAGCCAGCGUGUGCGGAACCCGCCCGUCCCGCCCGCCUCGCCCGCCCGCCCGCCCGCCUCGCCAGCGGCCUGCGCCCACAUCGGGGUCGGGGCGGGGCCGGGGCGGGGCCAGGGCGGGGCUCUCCGCGGGAACGCUCCCGCCAGCCGACGCGACUCCCACCGAAGUUUUUGA